AUGGUCAAACAGGAAAGGACGGGGAAGGGGGAGGGGGAAAUGAAGUGUGGGCACAGCCCACUGCGCUCUGCUGCACAGAUGAACCUGUGUGGAGGGAUGGGGGACCUGGGAACAGGCCUUCUGCUCUCAGAAUUCCCUGUCCAACCAUUGGUUGGUGGUGGCCAGUGCAAUGGUUCCUAUUGGUGGAUGGACUUCCUCAGCAGCUGCCAGGAGCAGUACAAGAUCGGUCAGCUGUACAUGAUCAGCAAGCACAGCCACGAGCAGAGCGACCGGGGCGAGGGCGUGGAGGUCGUGCAGAACGAGCCCUUUGAGGACCCUCACCACGGCAACGGCCAGUUCACCGAGAAGCGGGUGUAUCUCAACAGCAAACUGCCUAGUUGGGCUAGAGCUGUGGUCCCCAAAAUAUUUUAUGUGACCGAGAAGGCGUGGAACUACUAUCCUUACACAAUUACAGAAUACACAUGCUCCUUUCUGCCGAAAUUCUCCAUCCACAUAGAAACCAAGUACGAGGACAACAAAGGGAGCAACGACAGCAAUUUUGACACUGAAGCUUCUUUUUUUUUUGGGCUAAAUGCAUACUCCAUCUGCAAUGGGAAGAAUGUCCAUGGGGGACUCCAACUCGCCAUCAUUGGACACCUCUUCCUGCCCACCCCCACCCCCUCCUCCCCGGACCUCAGACUGGAGCUGAAAUUCCCCAGCAGUGAGAGAGUGGAGGAUCUUGCAGGGUGUGGGCUGGCGUGCCGCCCACGCAGCAAGUUUCACGUGGGCUGCCCUAAUGGAAACGCCCUUGGCAUCACCUUCGUCUGCCUGGCCCAGCUUAAGGUGGUAAAGCCUGCCAAGAUAGUUGGCCCUCAGAACAGAAAGCCUUAG